AUGUGCAAAUACACGCGCCUACCCGCUAUCAUAUAACUUAAUUGAUGGAUGACAGACGCUCGUCAUCAGCGCACACGAUUAAAUCAACCGCGUCCCGACGCCGCUUAUGUUGUUGUUGUUGUCGCCGCACUAGGAUAUCUGCUGGUCGCCGAAUAGGCUAUAGACUUUUCGGAAUCUCGACUCUCUUAGUUAUAUGCUCUCAAUGUGCACUAAGUAGGUGGCAGAAGACAUUGGGAUUAUACUCGCCGCGAUAUACUUAUUCUGGAUGUAUUGUGCAAGACAACAGCCCUGAUGCCCGGCAAUAAUUGGCUUUGUUUACACAAUGGUUCCGAUAUUGGUUCCUAUUCAUUUAGCGAAACAAUUAAACGGAAGCGCCCCGGCAGCCAGUGUCUGUGAGUCAUCGGCUGAGACUGGCUCCUUGGACU